CUGGCGGCCAUUAGUUACAUUUCAACCAUAGCGAUAGCCUAAUUGAGGCGCAACAGAGUUCACCGGCGAAUGCCGGAACACCAGAAAUAAUACCUAAACCAAGGAAUGAGAAAUGGUGGAGCCUACCAGAAUGAAGAGACAUUUUCCCGAAAUAAACGUGAUCUGAUUGAUGCAGUAAAUGUGUCGGGAAAAGAGGGAAUGAAAGUAACUUUACCGACUGGAUUUACUGAACUAUCUAGCGGCACUGUUAUAGCAUGGUGUUUUCCAUUGAUUCGUUCAGAUUCAUUUGAUAAACUAGCACUGCUGAAUGCUGGUGUGAUUACAACUGACUACAGUAGGAAGUUCAAAGACAGACUGAAGCUGGAUACUCAGACUGGAUCUCUCACCAUCAGAAACCUCACCAUCAGCGACUCUGGACUUUAUAAAAUACUUAUCAUCAAGACACAGAGUUCAUCUAAGAUUACAAAUCUGUCUAUGUUUAAAUCUCUGUUUGUCAUUGAGUCACUGCUAAAUCAUUCUGCUAUCCCAGCCUCAGUGUCUGCUCCUCACAUCAGUCACUCAGUGGACAGUCCAUUUGAAAGCAUGAGCUGUUCCUUGGUGUGCACUGUGAAGAACGGGAGAGAGGUGAUCUUGUCCUGGUACAGAGGAGAGGAGAUACUCAACCAGACCAGCAGCCCUGAUCUUCUAGCCAAUCUCUCUCUCCCUCUGGAGUUAAACAAAAGAAAUGUUGACGCCUACAGCUGUGAGGCUUCCAACCCUGCUGACUCAAAACCAACUCCGCUCAACAUUGAAACGCUCUGCCCUCAAUUGUCCUCAUACAGUUGAUAAAAAAUAUGGUAGAUGAGAAGAAGUUAAUGAAAAUGAUAUGACAGGCAAUGCCAAAUGAGUGACUGAACAGUCCCCCCCAUUUUACUCUUGACAGAGUCUGGUCGCAAUCCUGUCCCAAUCGCACUGGUCACAUUGUUAGCAGUUGGGAUAAUAAGUGGUGGUAUAUUCUGGGCAGUUAAAAUAAUAAAAUGUGGAGGUAAGUACAAUCUGUGUUACAGUUGACAUCAUACAGACCACCCUGAAGGCAACAAACACAGAACAUACACUGUAGGUAAUCAUGUAAUAUUAUGCCCUUUCCCUUUAU